CGCAACACGGAAGUGAGAACUGAGCUUCACUGUGCCACGGACAAAAUAACUUGUUUAUAGUCACUCACGGCCAUUUAACUAGUAAUUAAGACGGAUAAAGAAUGGAAAAAUGAUAGUCUUAUGGCAGAUGACACAAUGGACAUGGGGAAGCAAUCUCGUCUUUCACGUCCUCACAGAAUAAGUGAAUCUUCAAAGGUGUAUCGAUGGGCAGACCAGGCUAACUACCUCCUUCGAGGUUUAAAUGAGCAAAGACAGCAUGGCCAGCUGUGUGAUGUUGUUCUGGUGGCUGAUGACCAGCGGAUCGCCGCACAUCGGGCUUUGCUUGCAGUAUCCAGCCCCUACUUCCAGGCAAUGUUCACCUUGGGGAUGCGAGAGGAGCAUGAAGCAGAAGUAGAGCUUGUGGGAGCCUCGUAUGUUGGUGUUAAAGCAGUAGUAGACUUCCUGUACAGCGGCGAGUUACCUCUAGAUGGUGGAAACAUUGACUACGUCCUGGAAACUGCUCACUUGCUGCAGGUGUGGCGAGCUGUGGAUUUCUGUUGCCAGUAUCUGGAGAAAGAGGUACGUGAGGACAAUUACUUGUACCUGCAGGAGCUUGCCUUCCUCUACAGCCUGGACCGGCUGGACGCCUUCAUAGACCGCUUCAUUCUGGAGCAUUUCGCCACGCUUUCCGUCACCUCCGAGUUCCUCCAAGAUGUGCGGAUGCCCAAGCUUUGUGCUUACCUUGCAGAUGAGCAGGUGCAGCAUGAGAACGAGCAAGCUCUUCUGCAGGUCGCCUUGCAAUGGUUGAGUCAAAGACCUGAACGUCUUGCGUUUGCACAGCAGCUUCUCUCCAAAAUUCGUUUUGCUCUCAUUCCACCGGAUGACCUCAUAGUGCGCAUAUUGCCGACCAUGCGUUCCCUCCUGCCCCCGGACGCAGGCUGUGAGCCGCUAGUGGAGGAGGCCGUGGGCUACCACACGAGAGUCAGCGCACAACCUGUACUGCAGACAACACGCACAGGCCUUCGAGGAGGUGUGGAGCGUCUGCUGUUGGUGGGAGGAGAGGUGUCUGAACGCGGAGAGGAGUUGAGUGCCGAGGUGUGCUGGCUGGAUGAAGAAGCAGGAAAGUGGGUCGUCGAGACUCAGCUGCCAGCUCAGAGGAGCCACCACUGUGUUGCUGUUUUGGGGGGAUUUAUCUUCACUGCAGGUGGAAGCUCCUCACGGGACAACGGGGGAGAUUCUGCAAGCAACUUGCUGUAUCGAUAUGACCCCCGAAGCAACUUGUGGAUUAAGAGUGCCCCUAUGAACCAGCGGCGUGUGGAUUUCUAUCUGGGAACCAUGGGAGACUGUCUUAUAGCUGUAGGGGGACGCAAUGAUAGUGGUGCUUUGUCUUCUGUAGAAGUGUACAAUCCUGCUGAGGACUACUGGACCUAUGUUGCAGGAUUGCCCAGAUUCACAUAUGGUCAUGCGGGCACUAUUCAUAAGGGCAUUGUCUACAUCUCAGGGGGCCAUGAUUACCAGAUUGGCCCAUACAGACGUGACAUGCUAAGUUAUGACCCCAAAACUGCGGACACAUGGAUAGAGCGACAGGCCAUGAUCUUGGCUCGAGGCUGGCACUCUAUGGCGUCUCUGGAUGACAGGAUCUUUGUCAUCGGGGGCAGUGAUGACCAUGAGGACAGCAUGGAGCGUUUUGACGUGUUGGGGGUGGAAGCCUUUGACCCGCAGACUGAUCAAUGGACCAAGAUAGCCCCUCUCAGGUACCCUAACAGUGAGGCAGGGGUGGCGGUCUUGGAUGGAAAGAUCUAUGUAUUGGGAGGGUACACUUGGGAGGCCAUGGACUUUUCUCAGGGCACUCAAGUGUUUGUUCCAGACAAGGGCCAGUGGGUCUUAGGUCCAAAUCUACCAAAGCACAUAGCCGGAGCCUCGGCGUGUGUGUGCCUUGUCAGACCACAACAAACCAACAAUAUAGAGGGUCAUAACAAAGAGAGAGACAAACAGAAUUCCAGCCAAGAGCAACUCAGGUGAUUGUCUGGAGAUCUGAAGAACACCUUUAUGAGAGAAAUUACUUUCUGAAUGUAGGCUGUCAUAAGCCUGAUGCCAUUGGCUGCUUCUCAGAUCCUUUUAAAAAGAGGUCAGCAGGAAAUACUGUGAGAUGUUAGACUAUGAAUUGAGUUGAAAAGCACACAUUAAUUUUGUAGUUUUUGUUACAAACUUUUUUGGAGUUUUCAUAGAUGUCCUGGUGGCUUAGAGCAUGUUCUGAGUUACAAUUAAAACAUCCUGAAGUAACAAUUUUA